AUGACCUUAUCAAAGGAAAAUAACCAAUCGGAAUCUAAAACUGAAAUAACCGCUGCCAAGAAGAGAAGGAUCAGACGAAAAAGAUUAAGAGCUGCAAAACAAUAUAAAGAAGUGCAAAAUAAUAUCUGUUACUGUGUUGCACUCAAUACAAACAAACGAAUAACUCCAAUCGACUUACAACAAACUAAUUCUACUACUGAUCUUGAUAAUAAUAUUCUGAAUAAGAACAAUACAGAAAAUAAAUCAGUUAUUGAUAUCAAAGACAGUGUUAGGGAAGCUAUUGAAAUGUUGACAGAACAAGAGAAAAGUCGAGAUGAAGUGCUAGCAGCUAGGGAAGCUAAGAAGUUAGCUAAACAAAAAGCUAAAAAGAAAAAUGAGGAUACUGGAAAUAGUGAUAUUAAAGCAAAAGAAACACCAAAACAAGUGAAAAAUGAGAAGAAAAAUAAGGUUGAAGGACAAACUUCACAAACUGAAACAAAAACCGACAAAUCUCCUAAUAAAGACAAAGACGAAGUAGACAGGGCUGUUGUAAUUAAUAAAAAUGAAUGUACAGAAAUUGAUAAAGAAAGAGAACUCGUUUUGGCUCAAAGAUCAGCUAAGAAAGCAAUGAAGGGUAAAAAGAUUGAUAUGCCGAGCGAGGAAGUCAUAAAUGCAACGGUUAAUGAUGUUGUGAACACACUCAAAGAUAUUGUGAGUGUCGCCAGAGAAGUGAAGGAAGUCACAGAUAAAGUAAGAGCUAUAGAUUUAGGUAAAAAGUCCGAAGAGUCACAGAAAAGUAAAGCAGAAUUGAAAGCUGAAAGACGUGCCAAGCAAGAAGCUCAGAGAGCAGCAAAACAAAAAGAAAUUGAAGCUAAGGCUAAAAAGGCUGCUGAACCAGCAAAACCUAAAGAGGAAAAACCUAUCAAAAAUAAAGUGCCAGAAAAACCGAAACCAAAGACACAGAAGAUGAACUGGUUCCAGAAUGUUCCCACAGAACAUGAGAAAGAAGCUUUGAAGAAGAUAGCUAUAAAUUCAAACUUGCAUCCAGCUGUUAUUAAGCUUGGAGUACAGCUAGCAUCUCGUGUGGUGACCGGCUCAAAUGCCAGGUGUAUAGCGUUUUUGGAUGCUUUAAAGAAGGUGGUAAGAGACUACAGCUUGCCAGCUAAGACUGAGUUUGCUCGUGGUCUUGAGUCUCAAUUAGCCGCCAGCGUGGAUUUCUUAUGGUCUAUGAGACACCCGGCCGCCUCACAGACUAACGCACUCAAACAUUUCAGACAUCACCUAACACAGCUGCCAAAUAAUGUGGAUGAAUUUGAUGCCAAGAAACGUCUCCAAGAGGAAAUAGAUCGUUAUAUACGUGAACAGAUUGACAUGGCGGGUGAAGCGAUCAGCAUCGCUGUGAGAAACAAAAUAACACCCGGGGAUACUAUACUAACAUACGGAUGUUCGUCACUCAUCGAGCGUAUUCUAUGCGAGGCUCAUUCAGCGGGUGUUUGUUUCUCUACGGUGGUUGUCGGCGAGAGAGGAAACCGCGGCCCUACAGAAAUGCUGAGACGUCUAGCUGCGAAAGGACUGAAUUGCGUAUAUGCUGACCUAUCAGCGUUGAGCUACGUCAUGAAAGAGACGGAUAAAGUUCUAGUCGGUGCAGCAUGUUUAUUAGCCAGUGGCGCGGUUGUAGGGGCCGCGGGGACCCUUCAGACCGCGCUGCUCGCUCGAGCAAACAACGUACCUCUAUUGGUUGCCUGUGAGACGCACAAAUUUUCUGAUACAGUACACACAGAUGCUAUGAUCUACCAUGAGACUGGUGAUCCAGAAGAUUUAAUCGACAAAACCGAUGAGAAUUCACCUCUUAAAGACUGGCAGUCCAAUCCCAACUUGAAUUUGUUAAACUUAACGUAUGACGUCACACCACCUAGUCUUGUAACGGCUGUGGUGACAGAACUAGCGAUCUUGCCAUGUACAAGCGCCCCCGUUGUACUUAGAUUCAAAUUAUCCGAAUACGGCAUAUAA